AUGACUGCUGGUUGGUUUCUUACAGCUAUUAAAAUAAUAUUGCUCAUCGUCUAUUUAAUCUGUGUACUACUUAGUUGUAAAUAUUGGAAUGUCCAACUCUGGAAAGUUGGGGAUAAAGCGGCACGCCUACUAUUGGAUCCUGCUACCUUCAACUUGAAAGAGUUAAUAGAAAUAAUAGACUAUCGUGGUGUCUCUGAUCUCAAUCUACAUGAUAGAACAAAUUUAUCCUAUAUGGUUAAUGCUUCUGGAUUAAUGAGUGAGGAAGAAAAAUGGCAAUCGGCAAUAAUAAUGGCGCAGAGUAAAAAGAGAGAAGCGAUCAAUUUUACUGCCGAAAACUACCUUAGAGCAGAAAUAGAGGAUAAUACCCCUGGUAUAUGGCUGCUUCGAAUUGAUACUCGUAAUAGUUCAAAGGAAGAUAUUUUGGUAGACAAUUUAUGGGAUGAUGUUGUUCCCAAGUUAUACACUCUGGGAGUUCAGUCUGGAACAAUUCGCUGCCGAACUUGUCCUACUAUAUGUAGAAAGAAUAAUUGGACAAAAAGUGAUAUAUUAUUACUUCGCACAACGGCUUCCGAUAGCGAUUGGUCGAAGGGAAUACUUUACUAUCCAGGCCGUUUAGCUAAUGCUAAUAGCUCUUCAAUUCUAAUAUGGAUGCGUCAUCACUUGAAUAGUCACAUCAAUCAUUUCUCGACGCGAAAUUUCCCACAACUUCGUGAAACGAUUAAGAAACAGUCCGGUAUUCAUGUUAUUCUCUUUUCUACACUAACAGUCGCCCCGACGUUUAUUUCUAGCUUAGCAAUCAAAUUUAGCGGCAGAAUUAAUUUUAGUAUGGUGACUAUCAAAACAAUUAAUGAUACCAUCCAAAAUUUAUUUGCUAACGAAUUCAAUGUUGAAAAGCUACCAACCUAUCGCAUUUUUACACCUGAAAAGAACUUUACGUAUGGUAACAGACAUGGUGAAUAUUAUGGCUAUCAUUGUAUGCACGAGUUCUUAACUAGUCUGUAUCCGGCUACAAAUGACAUAUUUGUUGCUAUCGUAAUUGGUAUUAAUUUGAUGUGCCUUCUCAAAUUGUUAUUAAUCGAUGGAACCUUUUUGGCUUGUUUAUUAAAAUUUAUUAUUUUAUUUUGUCAAUAUAAUUUUGCUGUAGUACUACUAUGGUUCCCUAUGUAUAAUUUUUUUACAUCACCAUUGAUGCACAUAGUCUAUGACUUGACUAUGAUGGUAAUGCGUUGCCUUAUGGGUACUGAUUUCGUUGCCGCAAUUAGACGUAGCACUCAUUUAACUCAUCCUGGCUGCUUAUUCAUGCUCUUGACAGAGUCUAUUAUUUUUGCAUCUGUGAUAUACUACUGGAUCGAAUGUCAAGAAGGACAGAUCUCUGGCACAGAAUCCAUGGCAUCAUGUAAUUACCUGUCGUUGUCUAGUUAUCAGAGCUCUUUGUAUUCAAUUCUGACCUAUCGCAGUGCCUGUGAGCGCUAUAGUAGGGAAGAUAUUGAAGAGGGAAUAGACAUAUUAAUUGAGCACUUUGCGAUUCCAAAAUUAUACGUUCAGCCAUUGGUUCCCAUGGAUUACAUUCAAUCUCUUCCAACGUUUACGUAUGGUGAUAAAAUCCGAUUCAAUCAUCCAACAUGGAAAGAAAAAUUGAAUUGGAAAUCGGACAACACUGAAAUAGCUCAACUUGAAGAAAAUAUAACUAGUGAACAAGAUUACAAUUGUGAUGACAAUCAAUGUUCUAUAUGCUUGACUAAUUACAUUAAUGACGAUUACUUAUGUUGCUUGCCAUGCAGUCACGUAUUUCAUCACGACUGCAUAGUACAAUGGCUAAGCAUUGGAACAAUCAAUACCUGCAGAUGUCCGCUAUGUCGAUGGCCAGCAUAUAGAUCCUAUCUGCAACCAUCUUCAGCUUGUCAUGCUACCAGCAUUACUUCUAAUGAGGAUUCUAGCUAA